CUCUCCUCCCUUUCUCUCUCUAAAUCUCUUUGCACUUACUGCUUCCUUGUUCUUUUACCUUCCCAUUUCAUUAAAAAAACAAAAACAAAACAUGGUUAAGAAACAAAGAUGAUUGCUUUGCACUCCCCAAUCACUAUUUACCUUAUUCCUGUAAUCGCGGGGAACCCCUUUAAAGUUGCCCUCUUUCCUUCCAUGUUUCCUACUCUUAUUAAAUAACCUUUUUCUGCCUCCUCUUUCCAAUUUUUAAUCUUUCUGAUUAAAUAAAUAUGGCAACAAAUACCACUUGAAAUUACCCUUUUGGUUUCUGCAGUUGUGAGGUUCCGUUUGAGGUAGCAUUGUACUGGGGGAGGUCAAAACGGGCUAUAUAGAGAGCCUUGACUGAGAUUUUUUUCACAUCAGGUAAAAAAAGCACUUUCUAUUUAAGAAGCUUUUUCUUUAGAGAAAUACAAGUUACCCAAUUUGCAGCUGCUGGUUCCCAGUACAAAUCUUUGCUUGUUUCCAGUGGAUUUGUUGGGUUUGUGGUGUUUUUUGCCAUAAAACUUGGGGUGCAGAAAGAAGCAAAGAAUAAGAAAAAAAGGGAAAGAGGAAAGGUUCAGACGUCAGUGUAGUUUCUUUAAGAUUUUGAGAGAACUUUAGGGUACUGAGUACUUGUUUUGUUUCUAGCUUCAAACUUCUGUCGCUGGAAAUAGAAAGAACAAUAUGGCCAGGGAUUAUAGUGGUGGAUCGCCAAAGCAUCACCACAUAGAAUCCAAGAAGAAGAGGCUCACUUGGAUCUUCGGUGUUAGUGCGCUCUGCAUAGUAUGUUACAUGUUAGGAGCUUGGCAAACCACUUCUGCCCCUGUCAAUCAAUCUGAGCUCUACCAAAGGGUUGGUUGUGAUGAAACGCCAUCUCAAUCCGGGAACAAAACUUCCUCAUCCGUGUCAUCAUCAUCAUCAUCGCUUCACUUGGACUUCGAAAGCCAUCAUCAAGUGGACAUCAACAAAACUGAGGCUGUCCAGAAGUUCCCACCGUGUGACAUGUCCUACAGCGAGUACACUCCAUGCCAGGAUGCAACAAGGGGGAGGAAAUUCGACAGGAGCAUGUUAAAAUACAGAGAGAGGCAUUGCCCUACCAAAGAAGAACAACUUCUUUGCCUUAUUCCUGCUCCACCAAAGUACAAGACCCCUUUCAAGUGGCCUCAGAGUCGUGAUUUUGCUUGGUAUGACAACAUUCCCCACAGAGAACUCAGCAUUGAGAAAGCUGUCCAAAAUUGGAUUCAAGUCGAGGGUGACAGGUUUAGAUUCCCCGGGGGAGGUACCGGGUUUCCAAGGGGAGCUGAUGCAUACAUAGAUGAAAUGAACGCGCUCAUUCCUCUCACUAAGGGCAACAUCAGAACUGCAAUUGAUACCGGCUGUGGUGUAGCCAGUUGGGGUGCUUACCUGUUGAAGAGGGACAUCUUGACAAUGUCUUUUGCGCCAAGAGAUACGCAUGCAGCGCAGGUCCAGUUUGCAUUGGAGCGUGGAGUUCCUGCUAUGAUUGGUGUCAUGGCUUCGAAGAGGCUUCCCUACCCUGCAAGGGCCUUCGAUAUGGCUCACUGUUCCCGCUGCUUGAUCCCUUGGACGAACUAUGAUGGUAUGUAUCUAAUUGAAGUGGACAGAGUUCUAAGGCCUGGUGGUUAUUGGAUUCUUUCCGGGCCGCCUAUUCACUGGAAAAAACACUGGAGAGGAUGGGAGAGAACUCAACAGGAUUUGAAACAAGAGCAAGAUUCUAUUGAGUCUCUUGCAAAGCGCCUGUGCUGGAAGAAGGUGAUCGAGAAGAACGAUCUAGCAAUCUGGCAAAAACCUAUCAAUCACGUCGAAUGCAUUAAGAGCAGGAAGGUGUAUAAAACACCACAUAUAUGCAAAUCAGACAAUCCAGAUAUGGCUUGGGAAAGAGAAAUGGAGAGUUGCAUUUCUCCUCUACCGGAGACGAGCAAUCCCAAUGAUGUUGCUGGUGGGGCGUUGGAGAAGUGGCCUCAGCGUGCAUUUGCUAUCCCGCCUAGAAUCAGCAGUGGUUCAAUACCAGGAAUCACUGCUGAUAAACUCCGUGAGGAUAAUCAACUGUGGAAGGAAAGGGUGGACCAUUACAAGCGGAUCGUACCAAUUUCCAAGGGAAGGUAUAGGAAUGUGAUGGACAUGAAUGCUUACCUCGGUGGAUUUGCUGCAGCAUUGUCAAAAUAUCCGGUGUGGGUUAUGAACACAGUCCCUGCCAACUCAAACCAGGACACUCUUGGAGUGAUUUACGAACGGGGUUUCAUUGGACAUUACCAGGAUUGGUGCGAGGCAUUGUCCACAUAUCCCAGAACAUACGAUUUCAUCCACGCUGGGGGAGUCUUCAGCAUAUACCAGGACAGGUGUGACAUAACACUCAUUUUACUGGAGAUGGAUAGGAUUCUGAGGCCGGAAGGAACUGUUGUGUUUAGGGAUACUGUAGAGAUCCUGGUGAAAGUAAAGGCGAUUACCGACGGAAUGAGAUGGAAGAGCCAGAUUCUGGAUCAUGAAAGUGGACCUUUUAAUCCAGAGAAAAUUCUUCUUGCAGUGAAAACUUACUGGACUGGUGAAGAAAAAAAAGGAAGCUAGUAGAGAUGUAGUAGUGUAUCCUUUUAUUUUUCCUUUUUGCUUUUGCUUGCAAUUCUACUUUUGCUUAUUUUUUUUUAAACUUUUAUUUUUACUCUCUUGGUGCAUCACCAAUGUUAUGCUCUGGGAUUGUGUAAAAGAAUAUAAUAUGCUUCUAGGUGGGAAAUUGGAUAGUUUUUUAACGAUCGUCGCCUUAUUGUUUA